UAUCCCGGUGGCGCAGGGCUUUCGCGAGACUCGAUUAAAGGGAGAAUCUGUGGUUGUUAGUUCGCUAAAGCUGUUCGGGUGUCGGCUGCCCAAAGCUUUACUGUGACCUGAGCCCCCUCCCAGCGCAAGUGGAGCCUUUCCUGACGUUGGGAGAUGAGGAAGGGAAUGUUCAGGAACGUCAGGCCCUUGUCCGGGAUCAUACGUGCCCUUGGUGGAAAUACAAUGCAGCAAAGUGGCCAAGAGCGCAGGUUCUGGGCAAGUGAUGCCCAGGUUGACAUUUCCUGAAUAUGUGGCAAGACUGUUAAUCUUCACCAAUUACGAUGACUUUAGGCUGAAUAGUCCCCAUCUUUGAGCUGCUUCUCUUUGGAUCUGUUUUCAGAACUGCAAUCUCUUUUGAAGGCUUCUCUGGCAUCUCUCCAGCUGUAUCCAGCAUGCUCCAAGGCCACAGCUCUGUGUUCCAGGCCUUGCUGGGGACCUUCUUCACCUGGGGAAUGACCGCAGCAGGGGCGGCUCUCGUGUUCGUAUUCUCUAGUGGACAGAGGCGGAUCUUAGAUGGAAGCCUUGGCUUUGCAGCAGGGGUCAUGCUAGCAGCUUCCUAUUGGUCUCUUCUGGCCCCGGCAGUUGAGAUGGCCGUGUCCUCGGGGGGCUUUGGAGCCUUUGCCUUCUUUCCCGUGGCUGUCGGCUUCACCCUUGGGGCUGCUUUCGUCUACGUGGCUGACCUCCUGAUGCCUCACCUGGGUGUAGCAGAAGACCCCCAGACGGCCCUGGCACUGAACUUGGACCCCAUGCUGAUGAAGAAGUCCGAUGCCGAGGGUCCCGUGGCGCUCUUUCCUGAGAGUGAACUUUCCAUCCGGAUAGGUAGAGCUGGGCUUCUUUCAGACAAGAGCGAGAAUGGCGAGGCUUACCAGCGGAGGCGGGUGGUCGCUGCCGGCCUUCCCGAGGGCCUUGCCCACCCUUUGUCUUCUCCCGAGAGCCUGGCGCGGCCCGGCGGCCCCGGCUGGCGGAGGAUCGCAUUGCUCAUCUUGGCCAUCACCAUCCACAACAUCCCAGAGGGACUUGCUGUUGGAGUUGGAUUUGGGGCUGUAGAAAAGACUGCAUCUGCCACCUUUGAGAGUGCCAGGAAUUUAGCCAUUGGAAUCGGGAUCCAGAAUUUCCCAGAGGGCCUUGCAGUCAGCCUCCCCUUGCGAGGAGCUGGUUUCUCCACCUGGAGAGCCUUCUGGUACGGGCAGCUAAGUGGCAUGGUGGAGCCUCUGGCUGGGGUCUUCGGUGCCUUUGCCGUGGCGCUAGCCGAGCCCGUCCUGCCCUACGCACUGGCCUUUGCAGCUGGAGCCAUGGUCUACGUCGUCAUGGACGACAUCAUCCCCGAAGCCCAGACCAGUGGCAAUGGGAAGCUGGCAUCCUGGGCCUCCAUCCUGGGAUUUGUGGUGAUGAUGUCUUUGGACGUUGGCCUGGGCUAGUGCUGAGAUGCUUCGGACCCCAGGAAAGGGAGCACGAGGAAACGGCCGCGGUGGGCUUCCAUGCAACCAUGAACCUCGUUCUUCACAUUAAAACAUUUUUCCUUCCCCUCUUCUUCAUCUCAUUAUCCUGAGUGACUCUGAUUAUACUAUGACUAUUUUUACUUUUCUUUUGAGGGAGAUACAGGUGUUAAUUGGAAUUACAAAUUCUAAUGGAACUAUGGAUUUUUUUUUUUUUUUUUUGGCCACUGAAUGGGAUCUUUUUUCAGUGGGAUCAUCAAGGACUUACAGAUCAGGGAAAUUUCUGCUUUGGUUCCUUCAGUCUCCCUUGCUAGACUCAAUGGCAGCUCCUCCAAGGUCACUACAGAAAGAAGCAAGCUACCAAGAGAAGCCUCCUAAGCUCUUUUUGCCUAGCGACUCAGAGCAGAAUGGUCAGGACGACUCUUUUCUGUCCCUCCUGAUUCUUCACCGCUGACCCUCUGCCCACCUAGACCAGAACUAGAACAUCAUGGACAGAGCAGCCUACUUUCCAAGGCCCGGCCAGCCCCAAGAGGAAUGUGCUUUCCUCUGCCUCCCCAAAGGGAGGUCCUAUGUGGGAAGGGGACACCGGCAAAGGGAAGGAAACCGGUUAGUCGUCUUCUUCUUCUUUGUCUUUAAAAAAGGCAAAGAUUGACAUUACUUAAGCUAAGGGAAUUAGGACAACUGUGAACACAUAGUGAGCCCUGUGAAAACAUGACAGAGUGAGUGUAGCUUAGACCAGAGGUCUCUCCUCGCGAUGGAUGAAAAUACUGAUUCUGAGGACAAAGCGGUUUGGCGUGGUUUCCAAAUCUCUUAGGCAUUUAUUUUGAUAAGUUUAUAGACUUUCUCCUACAAGAGACUUGGGAGAAACCAGCAAACUGCUAUAACUCAAACCUUUCAUCCUACUAAUGGAGGGAGCCACUUAUGCUAACUAUGAAAGACAUUUAGAAUCUGCAAUGGGUCAUUCUCUGUUGAUGAUUUGGUAACUUAUAACCUGCCCAAAAACUCUUAAGCUACAGCUGGUUCUGCAGGAGCUUGGCCAGGAAAUUUAGGAUGGGAAAGGAGUAAGAGGUAGGAAAAGAAGAGAUAUUUUUACAUUUCCCCUUUAAAGUAAAUUCUAGCCAAGUUAUUCUGAAAUGGCCCUAAAGAAUGACUUUCACUAGACUAGAAACCAUCCUACUUCUUCCAUAUACGUAGCUUUUCCAACAAGGGUGAUUUAACUUGUCUGCUUCAAACACAGUAAAUAUCCAUUGUCUUCAUUGAUCAAAAGAGCAUAUGGGAUCUUGAGUGAGCCCCACUGAGGAUGCAGGCCACUCAAGAGCCAGGCCUUCAGACGUUGUGUUGCCUCUAAGUAUAUAUGUUCAACUGCUUCCAAGGGUGAAUCUCCUGCUUUUAUGGAUGUUCUAAGACCCUAAAGGCCAACCUUGUGCCUGGGUCUAUGUAUGGUCUUCCAAAGCACCGAUGAUCAAAACUGAAGACACAUUCAAAGGUUUGAUUGGGUGAGAUUUACCGGUUUGGUAGAUGGCGUACGUGUAGGUUUUAUUUUGAUAUCUUUGUCUGUAGUUCUAUGUAAUGCAAAUUGUUACUUCUGAUGGAAAAGACCUUAUAACUGUGAUUAAUAUCAAUAAAGGGGGCAUUGUUGUGGAUGGUCUGUGCCAUGA